UUCUGAAACCACUUGGAAAGAAACACACGUUCCCGACCGCAGGCCCCGUGCCCUGGCAAAGGCUGGAGCCACCUGUGCAGUCAGAGUCUGCAUUCGAUGUCAGCAGUCAUGUCCUGUGCUUGCCUUGGGUAACGUCAUUUCCCUGAACAAUGAAGUUUUCAGCAGUCAUCAUUAAAAAGGGGGAAAUAGAGCAGCUGGGUACGGAAUCCCGCCGUUCAUGGGUGUGCUCCGUAACAGCAAGUUCAUCUGGCUGCACUGAAGGGGAUAGCAGCAGAUAGAGCACUGCCACAUAAAAACCUUCCUAGAUUGUGUACUCCAGAUACAACAUAAAACGAGCUGAGAGCCAGUCUGAAAGGUGUAAUCAAGCUUAAUUAACACAAAGCACAUUUCCACAUCAGUUCACAGGAGGAAGUUGUGCCAUAACUUGAUUAAAGCUUCCUGAAGGCAAGUAAACAGCCAUUUGAAUUACAAAUGUCAGCAUUUCAUCACAGGGCUUGUUGUGCAACCUCACAUUAAAGCAUUAAGUUGUCCGGCAGCUGAAAUUGGCGCAAAGGGCUGCUCAGGAAAUGGGCGCCUGACGAGGGGCACGUUCCGCCUGGCCACGCGUGACACACCAGGAGUCACCGACACUUGAUGGAUUUCUAACUAGUUCUUUUCCCCAGCUUUUCCAACUCACAGCUUUUCCGCACAGCCCCACACCCCAGGACCAGCCCUACAGACUGUUCCAGGCUCAGCCAUAAACGCUUCCCCUGGGGUCGGUCAGAUGUGCUGGUGUCUCUGGGGGCCAACAAAAAGCUGGCAGCAAGGGUAACCCAUCUUCCUCCGGCGCUCUUUUGCCCACUGUUCACGCCACGCUCUUCCAGGAGCAUUGGCUGGGGCUGGAAAAGAGCCCCACAAGCAGCCCCAUCCCCAUCGCGGGGCUCCGGGCGCCCUCACCCCACGCAGCAGCACAAGUACGCAUGCGCACAGCCGAAAUCUGCCCCUGCAAGGCGGCUCCCCCCUAGCAACAGCGCUGACCUCACCGUGCACCAAUCAGCGCCGGGCAGUACCCGAAUCUUCCAGAGCUUUCCCUACAGCCGCCCAGCCCCGCCCUUCUGUGUCUUUACUCCGGAUCACCCAAUCAACACCCGCCGUUCUUACUGCUGCACCAAUCAUUGCCGAACUUCCAGGUCUUGCCACUAACCGCUGCACCGCACCUCCAGAUCCAUCCGCGCCCCCAGAAAUUUCCAGAUUUUUUAAGGGUCUGAGGUCCCACACUAAGACUCCAGGACCCCCUUGUCCCCGGAAGAGCGAUUGGAGGGGGAGAAAGUUCAACAUGCAGAUCUUUGUCAAGACCCUGACUGGCAAGACCAUCACCCUUGAGGUUGAGCCCAGUGACACCAUUGAGAAUGUGAAGGCCAAGAUCCAGGACAAGGAAGGCAUUCCCCCAGACCAGCAGAGGCUGAUCUUCGCUGGCAAGCAGCUGGAAGACGGGCGCACCCUGUCUGACUACAACAUCCAGAAGGAAUCCACUCUCCACCUGGUGCUGCGCCUGAGAGGAGGGAUGCAGAUCUUUGUGAAGACCCUGACUGGCAAGACCAUCACCCUCGAGGUUGAGCCCAGUGACACCAUUGAGAAUGUGAAGGCCAAGAUCCAGGACAAGGAAGGCAUUCCCCCAGACCAGCAGAGGCUGAUUUUUGCUGGCAAGCAGCUGGAAGACGGGCGCACCCUGUCUGACUACAACAUCCAGAAGGAAUCCACCCUGCACCUGGUGCUGCGCCUGAGGGGAGGAAUGCAGAUCUUUGUGAAGACCUUGACUGGCAAGACCAUCACCCUUGAGGUUGAGCCCAGUGACACCAUUGAGAAUGUGAAGGCCAAGAUCCAGGACAAGGAAGGCAUUCCCCCCGAUCAGCAGAGGCUGAUCUUCGCUGGCAAGCAGCUGGAAGAUGGUCGUACUCUGUCUGACUACAACAUCCAGAAGGAAUCCACCCUGCACCUGGUGCUGCGCCUGAGGGGAGGGAUGCAGAUUUUUGUCAAGACCCUGACUGGCAAGACCAUCACCCUCGAGGUUGAGCCCAGUGAUACCAUUGAGAAUGUGAAGGCCAAGAUCCAGGACAAGGAAGGCAUUCCCCCAGACCAGCAGAGGCUGAUCUUUGCUGGCAAGCAGCUGGAAGACGGGCGCACCCUGUCCGACUACAACAUCCAGAAGGAAUCCACCCUGCACCUGGUGCUGCGCCUGAGGGGUGGCAUGCAGAUCUUUGUGAAGACCCUGACUGGUAAGACAAUUACUCUUGAAGUGGAGCCCAGUGACACCAUUGAGAAUGUGAAGGCCAAGAUCCAGGACAAGGAAGGCAUUCCCCCUGAUCAGCAGAGGCUGAUCUUCGCUGGCAAGCAGCUGGAAGAUGGGCGCACCCUAUCUGACUACAACAUCCAGAAGGAAUCCACUCUCCACCUGGUGCUGCGCCUGAGAGGAGGGAUGCAGAUCUUUGUGAAGACCCUGACUGGCAAGACCAUCACCCUUGAGGUUGAGCCCAGUGACACCAUUGAGAAUGUGAAGGCCAAGAUCCAGGACAAGGAAGGCAUUCCCCCAGACCAGCAGAGGCUGAUCUUCGCUGGCAAGCAGCUGGAAGACGGGCGCACCCUGUCCGACUACAACAUCCAGAAGGAAUCCACCCUGCACCUGGUGCUGCGCCUGAGGGGUGGCUGUUAAGUUAUUGUGCAUCUUGCUUCCCAACAAGAUUGCCAAUAGCAUUUAUGUUUGCACUGUAGUUCUUUAAUGUCUUAAGUUAAAUGCAAGGUGAAUGCAAGCUUAAGUAACUGCUGAACAACUGUCUGUUGAAAUGCUAAUAAAGUUUUCUGUUGCACAUCACAA